AUGUCACAACGUUACAUUGAAUUGAUUUGGACCGCCGUCUUUUUCCCAAUCUUCGUCGUCGGCCUCCCUGAAAGCCGCGGAUCGGCUAUAUUGCUUGCCAAGGCUAAACAACUACGUCGGGAAGGAAAGGAAGCAUACACGGAAGAAGAGCUACAUCGAAUACCAUUGCAUCGAGUUGUCAUCAAAAGCGUGCAACGGCCCUUGUAUAUGCUUUUCACGGAAUCAGUGGUCUUUGUGGCUACUCUUUGGGCUGCAUUUAGUCUUGGAACAAUCUAUCUCUUUACUCAGUCUGUCGAGCAGGUUUAUGGACAACUCUAUGGUUGGAACUCCCUACAAGCAGGAUACAUUCAAGUUGCUAUUGCUGUCGGUGAGGUAUUUGGAUGUGCACUUUGUAUGUAUACCAAUCGCUGGUACUACGAUUCCGCUGCUCGAAAUACCGAAGUUCCUGGUACAUCUAUCCCUGAGGCUAGAUUAUAUCCAUCAGUCAUUGGAGGGCUCUUGGGUGUGACAGGUGGAAUGUUCUUGUAUGGGUGGACAUCAGUUUCUGCCAUACAUUGGAUGGUACCCACCAUUGGACUGGCAAUGGUGGGCUUUUGGACAACCGCCAUCAUAGUAAGCAAUGCGAACUAUCUUGUCGAUGCAUAUAGCAAGUAUGCAGCAAGCGCUCUCGGAGCUGUUGGCCUGGUCGAAAACGUCGCCCUCGCUUUUAUUCCACUUGCUUCAUCAUCUAUGUACACGGAUCUCAGAUUUCAAUGGGCUAGCUCACUUCUCGCGUUCUUAUCUUUGGUGCUUGUUGCUACCCCAUUCGCGGUCUUCAAAUGGGGUAAACAGAUCAGAUCUCGCAGCCCAUUCAUGAAGGAGGCCAUCAUCGAACGGCGCCAAGCAGUUUUACAGCAGCCACUGCGUGUCUGA